AUGGCAUCAUCAUCAUCUUCUUCAAUCAAAUUCAUAGAGAAAGCUCUUCUCGCCACCGGCCAUUUCGCUUUGUCCUACACCGAUCCAGAUCAGAAAUGGCUUAUAAGAAAGCAUCUAAAUUCUUUCCUCCAAGAGUUUCCAAAUUUCGAGCUCUCUACUGAUACUUUCAACCACAACAACGGAACCGCAGUUCAACUGUUUCGUCUCGAAGGGUCUCUUCUACGUACUCGACAGCUCCCAUCAGUACAAUUGACCAUUUGGGUUCACGAGAACUACCCACUGACGCCUCCUCUUGUCUUCGUGAUCCCUCCCGACCCGAUGAUUCCGGUUCGCACCAACCACCCAUUCGUCAAUUCUUCCGGUUUAGCAAACUCUAAUUACAUCGAGACAUGGGAACACCCACGAUGCAACCUACUCGAUUUCGUUCGAAACCUCAGGAGAGUCCUCGCGAAUGAUCACCCAUUCGUACACACCGAUUCAAAUUCAGUCCCGACCCAGGUUCGAUCGGUUUCUCGGACCGAAGCCAUAGACAGACUGGUCACGAGUCUCCACUACGACGCAUUGUCGAUCAUGGCGAGAUCAGAGGAAGAGAUUGAAAACCUGUGGAAACUGCAAUCGGAGGUGAAGAGAAGAUCCGAAUCGGUCAGAACGAUCAUCAGUGGACUUGAGAACGAGAGGGAGAGGCUGAAGGAGAGAGUUGCGAAGCUCAAAGACGAUACCGAUGUCCUGGAGAUCUGGGUGGAGACGAACUAUCCCAAACUGAUGAAAGCGACGUCAAUGGAUGGUAUUGGAAUCGAGGAAAUGUUCGAAACGGAAGAGGAUGAGGAUGAGGAUGAAGACGAAGAGGCGAAGAAGCUGUUGGUGGAGAGCUUGGCGGCAGAUGACGCCAUUGAAGACGUGUUGGGUAGAUUGGAAGAAGCUACGGAAAGGGGAGAUAUGGAGAUUGGUUCGUAUCUGAAGCAAGUCAGAGUCUUGGCGAGAGAACAGUAUUUCUCGAGGCUUUAUCACUUGGGCUUUAUGUAA